UGGUGAAUUUAAGGUUGAAUUUUUAAUGUGUGUGUGUGUGACAAAAGACGAGGAUGGAAAAUUUGUCCUCUAUUAUACUACAUUUUUUUUAUCUAAUACAAAGUUAUCAGAUUUCUAAAUACCAAUCUGUCCUAUUUGAUUUUAUAUGGCGAUGCUGUAUGAAUAGUUUUAUUCUAAUGAGUGUUAAAAAAUUCACAUGAGUGUGGUACAUAAUUCUCCUGUUAAAUUUGGCUAGAUGACAUUAAGAUUUACGUACUCUUACGUAUACUUGAACAAUAAUUACAAAAGUUUGAUCAGUUCAGAUUGUUUGAAAAUAACAUUGCUGAAUCAAUAUUAUUUAAGUAUUAUGUAUGGAAACUUAAUAACUGCAGAUAAAGAAUGUGUUUGCACUUAGAUAUUGUUUGUUAGUUAAUACGUAUUAUCUUCAUUUUCUAUGUUUUAUUAAUGAUAGUUACAUGUAGAUUCUCAUUAAUAAUAAUAGGAGUUCAGACAGAAAUAGGACAUGACAUAUUCUGUGAAAAUGAAUAGAAACUAACAAAACAUCGUAAUUUACAGCUUUUCCUCGGUUCCGAGCAGUUUUAAAGUUAUAUUCGGUAGUACAGUCACACCAAGAUUCAUCAUCAAAACAAAUAGCAACUACCUUCUUAUCAAUUACACUGAACGUCAGUUACAUUGAAUAAUCCUUAAUUGCGUCGUUAAAAUCCCAAGUCCUUUUAAUUAUGAAAUAUAUUGACCGCCCACGAUUCUUGAUUGACCAAUAAAAACAACAACAACUGCAUUGAUUUUUAAAAUAACCAAUAAGAUGUUGACAAUUUCCCCAAUUCUUUCAUCCAUUCACACAAAGCUCAUAAAACCUUGAUGAUAUUAUUUCUGAAAUAAAAUGGAAAAGGUCUUUGAUUUACAGUCGACAUGAUCGGCACAGAGUUCUUGGAUUAUUUAUCAAAGUUCCAAGUCGCUACCUAUGUCGGAGUUGAAGAUUUUGCGGAUAAAUUUAAUUUUCUCAUAACAGUUAUGGUUCUUAUGCUUUGUACAACAAUUGUCACUAUCAAACAGUAUAUGAUGAAACCGAUUUCAUGCUACAUGGCAACAGAUUUGGGUGGAAAAAACUUAUUAGAUUAUGUUGAGAACUACUGCUGGGUUCAGGGCACUGUCCCUAUAGCAUAUUCUGGUCGAGUACCAGAGACAGAUGAAGGUUGGGCGGAAUUAGAGAAGCAUAAACUACUGUAUUAUCAGUGGGUGCCAUUUGUUCUUGGCCUACAGUGUAUUUUAUUCUAUUUACCUCGAUUAAUUUGGCAAAUGAUAUGCUAUAACAGAGUUGGGACAGAUGUACAUCAUUUAGUCUUAUGUGCUAAUCAAGCAGUACAUGCUAAUGAUGAACAAAGAACUAAAAUGGUACAACACUUAGCAAAAACAUUAGAACAAUUAUUAUUUCAGUAUGUGGUUAUGAAGAUUGUUGAAUGUCAUUAAAAUCAUGAACCGAUCUACGUUAGAGCACUACUGAAAACGUGGAAGCACCGGACAACUAUUUCAUCCUAAUAUGGGUUUCUGAUUUCAAUUAUCAUAUAUUUGUUUUCCUUUUAUAUAUACUAGGUUUUUACACUUUUCUUAAAAUAUCAGAGACAUCUUUUUGUGAGAGUCAUUUAUGAUGAAAUAUGUCUCCUUUAUUUAUUAUUUAACAUUUACUAUUAUAUAUUGUACUAUGUUAUUAACAUAAUAUACCUAACUAGUCUUAAGGAUAAAUCACUUUCAUUGUUAAAUAAACAACAUUAUCCCCCUUUUAUCCAUUUAUAUAAUAACUGAGUUGUUAGUUAGUCGUAUACAUCUGUCCAUGCAUGCACACUUUUAAUUUUGCUGAUUUUAACAUACAGUGUUAUUGUUUUGCGUGAGAUCAUCAACAGUGUGUAAUAAACAUAUUUAUUGAUUCGUUAAAUGUUAUCGCACUAGUUUUAACUAAUGCAUGUGUAUGUGAUCCACCUUUUAUUGUUUAAUGUUUGCAAAAAUUAAUACGAAUGCAUAGUGUAUUUGCUUUGAUUUCAUGCAUGUCUAUUGUCUAACCUUCUCACCCCUUCUCUCUUGGUUCUGCACAAAUGCAAUAACAAAACGUUGCUGGUUUACAACCAUGGAUUCUUGCAUGCAACAUUCUAUGUUUGUUAAUUACGAUUUGUUUUUAUGCGGGUGGUACAUCAUUAAAUUUAUUUUCACUUGGUUGGUUGGUAUGGUGGCAAAACUCUCGUUUUAUCUCACUGGUUGAGAAUGGAUUUUAGCAACAGAAAAAACGACUUGUAUCAAAAUCAUAUCAUCUUCAUAAACGCAGGUCAGAUUUUGAUUCUUGCAUCAAUAUUGCACCAAAUGUCAGCGGACAAACGUCUACUACUGCUGCUAGAUACCAUUCAGACAAAACUAAAAAUGAUAGAUUUCAUGAUGAGAUUGUACGGUUUAAUGACGGUGAAAAUGAUGAUACUGAUAUUGAGGACAAUGAAAUUUCACGCGUAACGCGUAGAUAUCGCAAUACAGUUAAUAUUCUUAAAUGUGUCCGUUACACUGGAACAUUCCUAUCAUUGAUAUAUUUACUUGUAAAGCUCUUUUAUUUGUGUAAUUCAGUUGGCCAAUUAUUUUUAAUGCAAUACUUCCUCGGUUUUACAAACUAUAAUUCUAGUUUAUUUGGCAUGAGUAUUUUAUAUAAUAUACUACAUGGUCAAGAUUGGCGAUCAACCUUAAUAUUUCCACGUGUAGCUUAUUGUUAUGCACCAGUAAAACACUUGGGUACAAAAGUUAACACUGCUACAGCUCAGUGUGUCUUACCGGUAAAUAUGUUAAAUGAAAAAAUUUACAUAUUUCUCUGGUGGUGGAUUCUAUUAGUUUGUGUAGUAAAUUUUCACAGUCUACUUCGAUGGUGUUUACAAUUCGCCUGUCAAAAUCGUGGCUGUCAGUUUGUGAUAAACUACAUUAAAUUGUCGAAUGUUUUAACUUCAUCCGAAUUAUAUUUUGCUGAGAAAUUCGCACGUAAAUUCUUACGACGUGAUGGAAUGUUCCUGCUACGCAUGCUUGCAUUGAAUGCUGGUGAAAUGGUCACGUCUGAUAUUGUCAAUGAAAUGUGGUUGAAUUACCGUAGAAUUGUCGUUGAGCCGGUGGUUGAAAAUCAUAAACAUCAUAGUCAGAGAUUAAAUCCUAAUGAAUCUAGUUGGGAUAGAGGGUCAAAAACUGAUUCUUCAACUAUGACAAAUGAAAAUGGAUACUUGGGUACAUCUGAGUCAUCAGAACUAAAGAAUAAUAAACAGGAUAAUGAGAAAGCGAGUAUUGAGCUGAUAGACCUACCUGGAAGAUAGUCCUGUGUUUAAAUAAUGUUUCUUUAUGUAUGCAUGUGCUUGUUUUUGGGUUUUUAGUUUCUCGAUUUAAUUUCGAAUAAAUGAUAUGAUUGAGAGAAACCAAACUACCGGUGACUUGAGAAUGUUUAAGACGCUUCUAAUUUUUCAGAUUUUCCUUUCAGUUUGUGCCUUCUUUUUCGUUAAAUGCAUUUUUCAUUUCCAUCGUCCAUAACAAGACGAUGACUAAGAUUAUAAUAAUAUUAAUUUUUUGAGACUUAUUGACGUGCAUCAUGCUGACAAUGUCAUUAUUACUACUAAAAUUGUUAUAAGUAGCCAUUUUUGCCAAAUAAAAAUAUAGAAUACAAUGGAUUUUUUCAUACUAUAAUGAAAAAGAUAACAAAUCAAAUUUACUUACUUUUCUUUAUUGUCUUAAGAGAGAGGGACUUUCACAUCAAUGCGUCUGUUGAACAUUUGAUAACAUUGCACUUUCAGUUUGACAAUAUGAUGUAUACAUGCACUUAAAGUCAUUCUUUUUGGUAAUUUAAACUAGUUAGUGAUAAUUCAUGUUGUUUUACGAUAUAUCUGGGGAUGAAUCAAUUGGUAACAAGUGUAAAUUUUUGGCUUUUGCAUGUUGGUGAACUAGUCAACAUCAUUCAUUUUUAUUUAGUGAAAUAAAUGUUUUGCUUGAGGACGAAAAUGUAUCUUCACUUCAUAAAACUAACUUCUCGACCAGUUUUUAUGUAACUCACAAUGGUCAUAAAUGCUGUGGUAUAAGGCUAUUAUUCACCAACUUAUGUUUAUCACUUAAACCAGUAUGAAAUAAGAUAUUUACACAAUGGUGAUCUUAAUUAGAGACUUCAUAAAAUCGUGAAUUAAUUGAAGUCCGAAACAUGGACAGUUAGAUAUCUCUACGGUGGGUUAGCAGUAUUAGGCUCACCAAAGCUACUUGGUGUUUCUUGGUUUGAACAUACAGAUGACUAUGGACACGAAAGAGCACCAAGAUCUUUGGUUUAAAUGGAUCAGUUGUUGACGGAAAUUGCUUUCAGAAUAAACAAAACCACAUUAAGCAAACUUAUUUAUGAGUUGGUUUAGUACUGUACUUUUAAGUGUCCCGGGCUUGUUAACAACCAGGUAUAACUUUCACAUAUUCCACCAUAACAAUCAUCUGCAUAAAUCAGUGAGAUAAAUUGUAUAUACACAGCAUUUUUCAUCUGUCUAUACCUCAUGUGCACUAGUUCAUUCAAUAUUAUGAUUACUCAAGCUAUUGUUUGAAAAAAAUGUAUCAAACAAAACACUAACAUAAUGCCACUUCGUUGGUAGGCUAUUAAUAUAUCUGAAAGGGUACUAUAAACAUACAUAAUUAGUUUGCUUGUAGUCUUCUCUCAUACACAUGCAACUCACGAAAUAGAUGCUAUAGUGACUAAACCUAUGCAUAUCAACCAAUGAAAUAAUCAGUUCGCCGUAUUCAGUCGAAACUUAGAACAGCAAUUGUUAUUCAGAUUACAAUUCCGAGCUCUGGAUUUUUCAACAAACCAUUUGCAUAUUGGGAGGGUCUACUUAUCAACGACACCAGAAAAUGGGUUGUUUUGUAUUAUUGAUUUACUAAUCCAUUAGAAAAUCGAGUGUUAAGGAAUUCCGUCACGUGGAUAUUUACUACUGAGAAUGUUUUAUGAUCUAGCGUAUAAACCUAGCCAUACCUUCAUACAAAACUCAGGCUCAGCUGACAGUGAAUCAGUAAUCAAUUUGGAAAAUGUUACUUUUAGAUAUACAAACCGAAAAAGUUACAUUAAACCACUGUGUAGUACGACUACUUUUUAAUUAAUAAGGUGUAACCAUUCAAAUAAUAGGUUGCAUUAAUCAUGAGUGCAUUAAAUUUUCUCCGCUUAUAGAUUGCAUUACUAUACAUUUUUAGAUAAUGAUAGUUAAUAAUGAAAACGACGAGAGAACUUUUGUCUUGUCUGAAGCGUUCCAGUUGAAAUGAUCAUAAUUUCAAUAAUUUUUUUAUGACUUAAGUCUACUGUUUACUACUCCAAAAUAUCGAAUGUAUUAUGGUGGCUCGCUUUCUAUGAUAAUAUACUAGACAUAAUUCACAUGAUUAAACUGAUAAUUUUAGUCAUAGAAUCAGUCAUAUACAAAAAACAAAACAACUAACCGACUGACUGAAUGCAAUAAUAUGUACCAUGCUGAACAAAAUAUACAAUCAAAUUAGAAUAAAAAUGACUAAUUUGUCAGUCAACCAGCCAAUAGUAGAUGAUGAAAUGAAGGUCGCAAAGUAACCACUGGUUAUUUGACUUUAUCAUUCAUAACGAAAUGCUUGAUAUUACACGAAUAUUCAGUGAAAUAUCCCUUAUUUUGCAUUACAUUUAACCAUGCAAAUUUUAUGUAUUCAUUUUUUUGCAAACAUAAAUUUCAUCUAGGAUUUUUCUGUUUUCUUUAUUUAGCAACGUGAAUACCAUCAUGGAUUAUGGCCUCGAGUACGUCGUCGAAUGAAAAAAUGGGGUUAUUUAUUCUUCAUAAGUAAACGUCUUGGGACACGAUUAUUUGGAAUUUAUUUAUUCAUCAAAUGUCUUUAUUUAUUAAAUGCAAUCGGACAAAUAUUUAUGAUGCAAUCAUUUCUUGGUUUAAAAUCAAAUUAUACAUUAUUUGGUAUAACUAUAUCUAGAAAUAUUUUAGCUGGUCUCGAUUGGGAAGUGACAAUGAUUUUUCCACGUGUUGGAUUUUGUUUAGUUCCAUUAAAACAUUUUGGGUCUAAUAAUUAUGCAACAGCACAAUGUGUUCUACCAGUAAAUAUGCUUAAUGAACGUAUUUAUAUGUUUCUAUGGUUUUGGAUUGUUCUCACUGCAACAAUUACAGCUAUCAGUAUACCAGCGUGGUUUACACGUAUGAGUUAUGAAAAAUCACGUACACGUUUUAUAAAAAAAUAUUUAAAACUUGGUGAACAAGUUAGUAGGAAAGAUAGAUAUAUGGUAGAAAAAUUUACCGUAUUAUUUUUACGUAAUGAUGGUGUUUUUCUACUGCGUAUGAUUGCUAUCAAUGCCGGUGAAUUGAUUUGUUCUGAAAUAGUUUGUCAGUUAUGGCAUAUAUUUCGUGAAAAAUAUUUUUAUCGUGAUUUAACACGUUGUAAACGUGGUUGCGAUGAAAUGCAUCAUUUAGGCUUGAGAUUAUCUCGUGGUAUUGUCAAUUUAAAAGAAAGGUAUUCCAAAGAAAAUAAAAUUAAAUUGGAAGCUACAGCUUCAGCACCUCCACUUACUGAUGCACCUCUUGGAACAGAUGAAGACGAAGGUGGUUACGCUGAUGAUGAUGAAGAUGAACAGAAAGAUAUAAAAAAACAUUAUAGUAAAAAAUAUUCAUGGGAACAAAAAGAGUCCGUUUAACUAUAUUAUUGUUAACACACAUAUCGUCACAUGUAACACAGUCAUAAACGUUGCUUUGAGAUGUACAGAUUACAUAUUCAGCUCAUUUUUUAUAAACAUUUUUUAAUGAAAAAUAUUUAUUAUUAUUUUUUGUUACAUUUGCUAUUUAUUAGUGAACGUAUUGAAGAUAUCUAAUGAGUUAUCUUUAGUUUACUCUCCUUUUUCUUGUGUUCACUCAAGAAAACAAUUUCCCCUUAUUGUACAAUUAACCUCAUUGAUUAUGUUUUCUUUUUUUUUGAAUUGAUCAAGAGUUUAUGCAUUUAUGUAAAUCAGUUGUAAUUAAAUUAUUCGUCG